AUGGCCAGCGCCCUGCCCACCGUGCCCGGCUUCGGCAGCCUGAGCUUCCCCUGGAUGGAGAGCAGCCGGCGGUUCGCCAAGGACAGGUUCACAGCUGCGCUGACGCCCUUCACGGUGUCCCGGCGGAUCGGGCACCCGUACCAGAACCGCACGCCGCCCAAGCGCAAGAAGCCGCGCACGUCCUUCUCGCGGGUGCAGAUCUGCGAGCUGGAGAAGCGCUUCCACCGGCAGAAGUACCUGGCAAGCGCCGAGCGGGCCGCGCUGGCCAAGACCCUGAAGAUGACCGACGCCCAGGUCAAGACCUGGUUCCAGAACCGCAGGACCAAGUGGAGCCGGAACGCAGCGCGGAUUCUCGGGGCUGAAGGUCCGGGCCCAGCCAGCGUGCCCGGGGGGAGGGGCGGCGCUCCAGCUGCCGGCAGCUCGGGGAGGGGGGAGGAGGGAACGGCCCCGGGCUGUGCCGGCUCUCACCUGCGCCAGAUGGCCGUGAUGGAGGGUCGGCUGCCCUCGCACCCGCCUAGCAGGUCGUGAUAAAUGAAGAAAGACGCCCCCGUUAAGGAUGAAUUGGUGCGCGCUCACGCGGAGCUGGCGGGAGCGCGGACUGCAGCGCGCCCCUUCCGGAGGUGAAACCCGGCAGCCGGCUGGACUGCCCGGGACUGACUCGGGAAAGAGAGACAGGGGGAGGAACGGGCGGAUAACGGGAGAGAGGAGAAAGCGGGAGAUAUUGAGACAGAGGGCUAGAGAGAGGAAGACAUGGGCAGAUAAUGCGAGAGAGAAGCAGAGACAGAGAUACACUUUCUGCGGCACUGUGAGAAAUACUCUGGGAUGAGACAAACAGUAUUCCCUAAAAUAGCGAAUCUAAUCCCAGAAUUUCCACACCUGCCAGAACCAGAACAGCUUCCGAUCCUACUGGGAGAGGAAACUCAAGAGAGCUGCAGCCCAGCGUGUGAUCUCCUGUCACAGCCUGAGGACAGACAGUGAGCCCGUCUCUCAAUACUGCUCUUCUGUGUUUGAUGUGUUGUAACUGUCCAACUACAUG